AUGACUUCCAGCGAUCGAGGUCACAUCAGCUCGCCCUCACGGUUAUCCUACUAUACUACUGCUACUGCGGAUGCACGCACGGCUGGUGUCUCUUCACCGCGAUACCAAAUCGAGGCUUCGGACAAUUCGCCCAUCAAAGCCGACAGGCCAGUAGACCAUGACCCAUCCUCUUCCACUUGGGCGGCAUCCUCAUCCCGGACCAAUACAGCCAAGGAACAAAGCAAGAAUGAAAGAAGAGCGACGGCAAAGAGACCGCGCGAGCAGUAUAGCUGUGUAGAGUGCUUCCGACGAAAGCAAAAGUGCGAUAGGCGGUUCCCCUGCACCAAUUGCAUCAAGCGUCGACUUCCGGAACGAUGUGUUCCACCCCCGUCUGCACGAGCCAACGCCGGUUCACCUACACCCUCCGACAGCGGUACCAUUCCGCACCGAAACAGCCUUUCUCGUUCUACUUCGGAUAUUCACACCGCCACUACAAGCGCCUCGUACACGCCAGUAGCAAAGAGGCAAAGGCUCAACACCGAUGACCAUGACGCAGGUUGGGAUGACCGAAAGAUGGACGAAUUGGCACGAACCACAUCCAGAAUCGCUCGGCUCGAGCGCAUCUUGGCGCUCAAUGACGCAUCGUAUCUCGAACAAAGACUGGCACUUGCUGAAAAGGCAGUGCGGCUCCGUCUGGGCGAAGGAGGUUCAGAUUCGCUUGCUGACAACGAUGCUGACCAUCAUGUAUCGAGGAGAUCCAGCUACGUUCCUGACGAGAUCGAACCGGAUCGACAUGCCGAUGGACAUUUGGAUGAUAAUGACGGAUUUCUGGGCACCUCAGCGCUCGAAGCGGUGCCUUUGCAACUCAAGAAUGGCCUGCCACCAUCAAAUAGCAAAGCUGGCUCGGGCGACGUAGCUCCUCAGGCACUUCUUUCUUACAUUCAUCCCAAUCCGACACGCAGAGGGUUUCCGAUUCCGUCGGCCGAUGUACAGGCUAUUCGAGCAACAUUGCCCUCGCGCGACCAGUGCGAGAGAUACUUUGAUGCCUAUUUUGCGCACUACAACUGGGCUCGGCAUCCCAUUCACGAGGUUACGUUGCGUGAUCGAUUCCGACAAUUCGUCGCCGGUUUGCCAAGCCCCUCGGACGUACGCAUGGAUGCCGAGACGCUUCCAUUUGUUGCACUGGUCUUGGCCAUCUUGACGCUUGGAUCCGUGCCACCGAUCGUACAACCGCUAUCUUCUGCUACUUCGCACGCGUUCUUCUGGGCAACCAAGAAAGCGCUUGUGCUAUGCGAGACGCUCGGACUGGCAAGUUUGGAUUCGUGCUGGGCCCACGGCGUGCUGGUUCGGUAUUUGGAUGUCAUCCGUGUCACCAGGGCGAGUUGGCACGAGAUUGGCUCAUGGAUCAGAGACGCACUGGAUUUGGGCCUGCAUCGCGAUGGAAAAUCUUUCGGCUUACCCAAGGAGCAAGUGGCUGCGCGAAGGAUCCUCUGGUCACACGUUAUCCACAAUGAUCGUGAGUGGAGCAUUAUUCUUGGCCGUCCGUUGACGAUUACGUUCUACACUACCGAGAUGCCGACACGUGAAGAUAUGGAGCCACUUGGGUUUGCCUGCCAGACCUACUUGCUGGCGAGAAAUCGAUUCACGGCGUGUUUGGAAUCCAUCACGCACUGCUUCGAAGAGCGUUCCGCCGGUCGAGGCCCAUCUGGUCGCACAUCGAGGGCAUACUAUCGAGUGCUCGAGGUAGAAGACAUGAUUGCUGAAUUUGUCGAUUCGCUUCCACCGUACCUGGCACCGAACUGGUCCACCUCGGGCAACUCCAAGACGGACACGAGUCUCGAUCAGGAUCAUCCGCUGCUGCCCUUCUAUCGAUAUCUCAUUCUUGGCGAAGUGUGCUUCUACCGCUCGCUUUUGCACCGGCCGUAUCUGUUGCGACCGGCGAGCAACGGCAAGCAUCCGUUUCCCGAGAGUCGCCGUGUCUGCGUUGAGACGGCACUCAACGACCUACGUCUGCGCAAGGAAUAUGCGCGACUUCUCAGCAAGGAACAGCUAGCUCAAUCGUUUGGUGGUGCGUAUGCGCUAUUCAAUUCGGCCAUCGUAGUGGGCAUGUCGCUACUCAUUGGCUUCAGUCUAGGCGAGAGCAUCGACACGGUUGAUCUCAACGAACGCAUCGGAUACCUGCAGAACUUUAUCACACAACUACGACGCAAUUUCGACGCGGGAAAUGUAGAUGCUUCUGCGGAACGAGAACAGAUGGUGAUCGAGGUGCUCGUUUCGAGGUUGGAGCCGUUUUUACCUCGAGAAUUGGCGCGAAAGAGCAAAGGAGAGCUCGCAGCGGCCAAGGGCUCGAUGAGGGCGACGAUCAUGCAAGAUCCGAUCCGAAGGAGUCAAGCGGCGGCUUCGGCGAGGGUGAAGGAGGAAAAGCAGGCGGCGGAUUCGCUGAGAUUGCUUUCAGCGAGUCUGCCAGGUACACCAACCAUGUCCAACCAGCAACAGGUAGGUGUUGCUGGAGGAGGUGCAGGCGCCGGAUCCUCUUCAACAACAACGGCGGCGAUGCACAAUCAGGCUCCAUCUCAUCACCUUGCGACUGGAUCUCCGACUUCUCUGGGUACAAGUAUGGGUCAGUUUGACGGCAGUGCAUUUGCCAAUAUGGCGGCUAUGUCAGGCGCUGCAGCUCCGAAUGGCGGUUCUGCGGCCAAUCCCAUCGAUCCGUAUGGUUGGCUCCUCACCCCGACAGCAAUGGAAUCUCCCGACACAACAAAAGGCAAUUCUACAGGUAAUAGUACUGCUCACACACCCGUCACCUCAGGUAACGGUAAACUGGGAGCUGCUACCCCUCCAAUUGCCAGCGCGACUACCGGAAUCGCUCCGAGCGUCGGAGUGUCUUCGCCGAUGCGUCAUCACCACCACAGCCUCAGCGGCAGCCACCCGAACAACCACUUCAUGGCCGCUUCACCCAGUCAGCUGGGAGCGGGGCUCGCGGCACCGUCGAUCGAAGGCCAAGCUAUGUUUGAUUGGGAGGGCAUUCUGCAGACUAUCGGGUCCGGAUGGACAGGCGAUGGGACUUUGGAGACGGGCAUGGAGAGCUUGUUCGGCUAA